AUGCUUGAUGGUCCUAUGCUUAGCUUCAAACAAUUCGUGCUCAGAAAUCCUGAUGGUACAAGCCAAGAUGUAUUAAAUGAUGGAUAUAAAAAAUAUUUAAAAGAAUACAGAAUUCAUCAUGCAUCUCGUUUCUUUGAAGAAAAUCAUCAUCUAGGGUUUAUGCAUGAGGCAUAUAAUCCAAAUUUAUUAAGAGAACAAUUUGUUAGAUGCAGAGAUCGAGCACAACAUCAAGCUAAGGUCUUCCUCCAGCGAUGGGAAGACGGAGGUUUCCGUGACCUCAAGUUGGAGGUGCCCGUUGGCCUCCUUACAGGGGCAGGUGACAUGUCUCCUUUACUAUUAGAGGAAUGGCCUCGUCAGGCAAGAGUAUCAACAACAGGGGAGCAACAAGAAGAUUUACCUUUUGGUGUAUUUGCUGUUGCUAAGGAUGUGCUGCUGCUGCCUGAUUCUUGUUGUCUAGAGAUCCAUAGGGUUGAUCCAAGAAUCAAUAAAUUUGAUGUACUUAAAGCUCUAGAAAAGCGUGGAGCCUUAUACGCUGCGAUGGUUUCUAAUUCUGGCCCAACUUCUAGUCGUACUGCUCACGUCUUUUUUGCUUCGCAAGAAGCAGCAGAUGAGGCUCUUGCUCAAGGAGCAGAAUUCACGAUAGUUCGUUUAUGUGAGGAAAAAGGAGGUAAUGGAGGGGAGCAAUUAAUAGAAUUUUCUUUACGUCUCCAACCCCCUCGUUCUUCUUCUUCUUCUGUCUCUGUUUCCUUAACUCCUCCUGUUGCUCUCUCCUCUAUUCGUCUGCAAAAAGAUAGUCAAACUGCUUGGCAACUCAUCAGAACACUAGAUGGUCAGUUGGAUGUAUGCGCAGCAGAUGCGCCUCAUCCUUUAGAGGAGAUUCUUGAUGGGAUUGACGACCCUUGGUUGCGUCUGGAUUUGAUGUUGACGUACUUACGGCAUGUCCACUGCGUCUGCUACUACAGCGGCAAGGUGUACGACGACCCUCAACAGCUGCAUCUAAAUGCAUCAGCAGCACAUUUACGUCCUGCCUGUCCUCCCCAUCUGCAGCAUUUCCUGCAGGAGCAGGAGCAGCAACAGCAGCAGCAGGAGGAGGAUAUAGUAGAGGACGGCAGCAGCAGCAGCAGCAACGGUAACAAUACGAGCAGCAGCAGCAACAACAACACCAACAGCAGCAGCAGCAGCAGCGGUAUAUCGCAGCAGCAGCAGCAGUGGGUGCAGCAGCUAGACCAGAGGCUGCAGGCGCUGCUGCAGAUGGCAGCAAACAUGCAACAAAAUCUUCCUCCUCCUCUUGAUGAACAAGAGAGUCCUGUUAUACAAAGUAAAUGGACUGCUUUCUGUCAAGAGCAUACAUCUAAAGAUGCAGAAGGUCGCUAUCGUUGCACUUUAUGCCAGAAAUUGUUUAAGGCUCCUUCUUUUGUUCAUUUACAUCAUCGCAAGAAACACGAACUCGAGCUUAUACGCAUUAUUAACAAAUAUGUACCUCAUAUAAUGAAGACAGCAUACAUGAAUGAUCCAAAUAAACACAUAACUCUUCCUCAAGAAAGACAUCGGCAAAGAGAAAGAGAAAGAGAAAGAGAAAGAGAAAGAGAAAGAAUUCAUCAUCAUAGAUCGCAUACAGGAGGAGUUCCUCCUCCUCCAUUUGUGCUGCCCCCCCCUCCUAUGGCCCCACACUUUAGACGGCAGCGCGAUUGGGACUCUCCUUAUGCCACUGGCGCUGCACCAAUGACUGUUCCUCGACCUACAACUAGCUACGACGAUCUAUGA